CGGUGUCCUGCAGAAAGCGUUCCGGGUAGGGUGCGCGGAGUGGAGGCGGUGUGGACCGCGAGUUCGGCGUGGAGCAGAAUAUUUUGGUUCAAAGAAAGAAUGGCUCUCCGUCCAUCUGUAUUCCCUCAAGAAAGUGAAAAAAAUCAUGGAAAUUGUAUGGAAACAAAACAAUCCCACACUGCUUCCGUAGCUUCAGAAGACCCGCUUCAGAACUUACGCUUAGCAUCUCAGGAAGUGCUCCAUAAGGCUCAGCGGAGUGGGAGGUCACGGUGCCUCCAGUGCGGUGGCUCUAGGAUGUUCUACUGCUACACCUGCUAUGUUCCGGUGGAAAAUGUGCCCACCGAGCAGAUUCCACUUGUACAACUUCCACUGAAGAUCGAUAUCAUUAAGCAUCCAAACGAAACAGACGGCAAAAGCACCGCUGUGCACGCAAAACUCUUGGCGCCCAAUUCCGUGAGCAUCUACACAUACCCGUGCAUCCCAGAAUACGAAGGAAAGGACCAUGAGGUUGUACUUGUUUUUCCUGGGCCUCAGUCCAUCUCAAUAAAAGAUGUCUCUUUUCAUCUGCAACAAAGGAUUGAAAGUAAAAGUAGAAGCAAAACUGAUGAUCUUGACGUGCCACCUUUUAAACUCAAGAGAACUGAGGUGGAGGGAGGCUCUGAUUUGAAUGAGAGCCUGCACAAAGGUCCAGCAUUGAAAAGAGUGGUCUUUAUUGACAGCACUUGGAGCCAGACAAACCAGAUAAUCUCUGAUGAGCGCCUUCGGGAGUUAUUACAAGUUGAACUGAAAACAAGAAAAACUUGCUUUUGGCGCCAUCAAAAAGGGAAACCGGAUACUUUCCUUUCCACAAUUGAAGCCAUUUAUUACUUCCUGGUAGACUACCAUAGUGACAUGCUGAAAGAGAAAUACAAAGGACAAUAUGACAAUCUUUUAUUCUUCUACUCUUUUAUGUACCGCUUGAUAAAGAACGCCAAGGACUCUGGAGAGAAGACAAAACCAAAGCUCAUCCAUUAGUUCUGCACACUCCGCUUGUCAUGUGGCUGUCUGAUGUUCACAAGCUGCAGCUGAGCCUGUUUUCUCUGGGGAGUUCAUCAUGCUCAGUGCCUGUGAUCGGACUUGGGGAAAUUUCAAUUUUGUUCCUUUUACCAUAUUUUUUUAAAGGAAAAUUUGAAUUUUGGUAAUUUUAAAGAGAUGGUCCUGAUUGAAAGAUAGAGUUCAGAAGCUGUUUGUUCAGUUUGGGCAUAUAUCAGUUGUAUUGUAUAUUUUAAUGUUUUGUUACAUUUAUGUGAUUGACAUUAUAUAUGAUUAGAGAUUG